UAUCUUGUUCAUCUAUUGUCAAGAUGAUGCUUUAGAUUGAGGAACGAUGAUGCUUUAGAUUAUGUUCUGAACUUCUGAUAAGGAAAUUUCUCAGUAUUCUCCAAAAUUAUUUGCAUGCAUUUAGCUUUACUUGCUUUUAAUAUUGUAACAUAUUUGUUGUCUGUUUUGUGCUUCUGUGGCCAUUGUGUGUGAAUAAAACAAAGGAAAACAAUUCUCGGUAGUUAAAUCAUACUGAGUAUAAAGUUAGAAUGCAUAGAAGAACAAGUCCAGUUGCUAAGUAUAUGACAUUUUUCAUGAGUUGCUCACACAGAUAUUUGCUGAAACAUUAAAUUAAACCAGACAGAAGAGUAUUGGUUUGAUUAUUUAUCUUACACCACCAAUUUUCUUGGUCUUCAAUGAUGAAAGGAGAAAAUAACAGGUGCUUGAAUUCAGAGCUAUGGCAUGCAGGUGCUGGUCCUCGGGUGUGUCUUCCAAUAGUGGGGAACCGUGUGGUUUACUUCCCUCAGGGUCAUAGUGAGCAGGUUUCAGCCACUACUAAUAAAGAAGUUGAUGCUCACAUACCCAAUUACCCAAAUCUGCCUCCACAGUUUAUCUGCCAACUUCAUAAUGUUACAAUGCAUGCAGAUGUUGGAACAGAUGAAGUGUAUGCUCAAUUGACAUUGCAGCCCCUGACUCUACAAGAACAAAAAUAUGCAUAUCUUCCUCGCUGUAGAGAAAGUUUUUCCCGCCCCUGGAUUUCACACAGAGACCACCUGCCCAAGAACUCAUUGCAAGGGAUCUGCAUGAUGUUGAAUGGACACAAAAAGUUUUGAAAAAAUUUAAAACUAAUGGGAAGAAGAGUUUUUGUGAUUGAGUGAGAUAGUGGA